GGACAACUUGUUAGCGCCAUGGCGGCGCCUCCUGGGAGUGCUUUGAGGAGCCGGCGGCGGCAGAGCACUCCCGCUGUAGACGAAUGCGUUAUAGAAUUUAUUAAGCGGACCAUUCAGAAGAUGUCCAUGGCUGAGCUGAUGACCCAUUUAAGGACCUGGGGAUUUUUAACAGAUAAAGAGCUCCAGACGUUACCAGCAAAGAGCACGAGGGAAACUAUAGCACUGGAAGUGGUUCAUCUGUGUGAGGCAAAACAGGCUACACUGAAUCACGCAGCAGACUUGGACUUCAUCUAUAAUCAUUCUAAUGCAAAAAAGAGGACCUGGGAUGUUUAUCAGAUGUCUAAGCCAACUGAUUCUGAAAUGAAUCACAUCGAUGUGUCGGAAUUCAAAGCACGGUUCAAAAAAGCCAUUCACUCAGUUAUGAAAAAUGCAACCAUCCACUUCAAAGAUUUUGGAGAUGCAACUUGGAUCCGCUUAGCCUGGAGUCAAACUAGUAUGAAGCCCAAUCAGUACAGACCUACCUUUGUUGUGUACCACACCCAAACACCUUAUGUCUUUGUUUCAAGUCUUUCAAGUACCUUC